CUGGUAACCGCGGCCUCGGGGGCACUAGCAGUAGGAUGUCUGUUUCCCAAGGAGUUGGACGAGGUGUUUGGUAGACCCACUCGCUUCCAGGUCAUGGAAUCAUCACCAAAAGGUUUGCUUACCCAAGUGACUCAACUCUGGAACCUCCUAGACGAUCUAGCUGAAAGUGACCCUGAAAGUUAUGAGAAGUUCAUUCAACAGCAGCUGAAGGAAGGAGAGAAAUACUGUGCUGCCCCUGAGCCACAGCUCUGUUUGCAGACCAAGAUCUUGAAACCAGAAGAAAAAGUUUUAUUUAUCAACCUUUGUCAGUGGACAAGGAUCCCAGCACCCCAAUCAAAGGCAGAGCCUGUACCUUUGAGUGUUGGCAAGCCAGAAGAUGUAUCUGAGACAUCAGAAUCAUACACAGUUAUCGAUGUUGCCUACAACCCUGCUGUUCUCAAAGCAGCAAAAGAUGAUGAAAUGGAAAUUGAUCAACUGAUUCGCCUGACAAUGAAAUGCAUUGAGGAUCGAUAUCAAUUUACUCUUUCCCAUUCCUAUCACAUUACAAAAACCAGGAAGAAAGGAAGCCUCCAAAGGAUGAAAAAGAAUUUGAUGGGAAUCCAAACUAACUCAACAGAUUUAAAUGAGAAAAUGAAGAAAGAACUAACGCUUGAGCAGUUGAGAAACUGUAGUGUGAAUAACCAAGAUGACAUUCCACAACUUUUACUGCCAAAGGACCAUAUUCCAAGCAAACAAGGGUGUUUGAUUGAGGAAAUUUCCAGUAGUGAGCUCCAAGUUGAGCUGAAGAUUCCAAAUUAUAAGCUGACAGUUGUGAAGGAUCAGAAUGGAAGAUCACUGAGAAUUGAGAUGAAAGUUGAACUUCCUGGUCUUAGCUCUGUCUGUGACUGUGACCUUAGUGUUUCUAAGGAUGACUUGGUGAUUGAGGUCUCUGAGAAGUACCGAUUACAGGUAGAUCUUCCAGAAGCGGUUGACACUGAGACAACUACAGCAAAAUUUAUCACAGGGAAAGCUACAUUAAUCAUCACCAUGCCAGUCCUGCAGUGAAAGUGCAGCAUGGGUGUUAAGCUUUUAUUGUUCUACCACUGAGCUCCCAUCAAGGCAUUAAAGGCUUUUGUAUCAUAGGUAAG